GUAGUUGAUCCGGGUUAUUUCAGUUUAGUCGUUGAUCGAAAUGCGUCUGCUGUGGUUGCUUGCCACUCUGGUGGCCCUUACAAGUGCUGGAGUCCUUCCGGACUCUGCCAAGGAGCGCUUCGAUAACUUUCAGGUGUAUAAGCUAACCAUCAAGAAUAAGAUCCAGUUGGCUGUGAUUGAAAAAAUCGGUGAACUGACAAACAAGUACAACAUCUGGAAAGAGUACGAUGAGCGCAGCCAGCAGGUGGAUAUAAUGGUUAGUCCUACGGAGGUCCAGCACUUCAAGGAGCUCCUUAGGUUCAACAAUAUCACCAGCGAACUGAUGAUCGAGAAUGUCCAGGAGCUUAUCGAUCAAGAGCAAGUCACCGCUACUGCCGAUAGCUCCACCUUUGGCUGGACGAAGUACUACGAGCUGGAGGAGAUCGAGGCCUGGCUGGACGAAGUUCUGGCCAAAUACCCCUCGGUGACUGAGGAGUUCAUUGUGGGCCAGUCCUACGAGGGUCGCACCAUUCGGGGCAUCACAAUCUCGCACAAGACCGGCAACCCUGGCAUUUUCAUAGAGUCCAAUAUCCAUGCCAGGGAGUGGAUCACCUCGGCCAGUGCCACUUGGUUCAUUAACCAGCUGCUAACCUCCGAGGAGACUGAGGUGCGAAAUCUGGCCGACAACUACGACUGGCACAUUAUACCCGUCUUCAAUGUAGAUGGCUUCGAGUAUUCGCACAAAAAGAACCGUAUGUGGCGCAAGACCCGCCAGCCACACGCCACUAAUGAAUGCAUUGGAGCCGACGCCAAUCGCAACUUUGACUCCCAUUGGUUGGAAAACAGUGGCGCCUCCUCAAAUCCAUGCAGUGAGACCUUUGCUGGAGAUACGCCUGGAUCGGAACCAGAGGCCAAGGCUUUGGUCGAAUAUCUGACCAAAAUCAAGGAUAACUUUAAAAUUUACAUCUCCUUCCACUCCUACGGACAGUACCUUCUGUCCCCCUACGGACACACAAAGGAGGAGUUCCCCGAAAAUUAUGACGACAUCCUGACCAUUGGCAAGGCCUUUGCUGAUGCCAUCGAAGCACUGCCCUACGGCACCGUCUACCAAUACGGGUCAACUGCUGAUGUGCUUUAUGUGGCCACUGGAACCUCCGUGGACUGGGUGUUCAACGAGCUGGACAAGGAGAUCGGCUACACUAUUGAGUACCGCGACAAGGGACGCUAUGGCUUCCUCCUGCCCCCCGUGCAGAUUAUCCCCAACUGCGAGGAGCUGAUGGCCGGCAUGGUGGCCUUGGUGGCGAAGACCAAAGAGCUGGGCUACUUGUAA